CUCUAAAUGGUUUGCCAAUAAACACCAAAAAAGAAGCUGAAGCAGGGACUGUGUAAUAGAAACUGGGUUGUUUUUGAAUGCAACUCACAUCUAGACGAAAGGAGUUGCCCUCUCUCUCUCAACAGCAUCACAUUUUUAUUAUCACCUCAGAAUAAAGACAGAUUAUAAAGGUAGAUGUGGAGAAAAAGAAGCUGCUGUGCAUAAUGUUAUAAUUUUUAGUGCAACCUGUUCUGAGCAGUUUAUAAUAACUUUGCAUGCAAACGGAUGGAUUUGGUGCCUGAAGGCUGAGACAUCAUCAUUUUUACAACCGGGACCGCCGACAGGAUGGUGGAGCGGUCGGACCGAGCUCCUCUGCUGGACUGGGAGGAGGUUCAGCCCGGUGGAGCUGCACCACCUGCACCACCGGUACCGGUACCGGCUGCAGCUGCUGCACACACCAAGGAGAGCCGUGCAUCACCGGGAUGCUGCGGACCAGCAGGGGGUCCAACUCCUCCCAGCAGCUGCAGGUCUGUCUCCUCCAACGCAGACGGCUGCAGCGCCACACCCGCCUUCACCUCCACCUCCACCUCCACCACCACGACGUGCAUGGAGGAUGAAGCCGAGGAAGAGGCACAUCUCUCGGAUUCAGAGUCCAGGGAGGAGACGCUGGAGGAGAGGAUGGUGAAAUGGGAGGAAAAGGACCAGAUUGUGUCGGUCUUUGUGGUUGCAUUCAACACCAGAUCAGGAAACAUGCUGGAGUGGUGUCUGCCCAAAGACAUGGACCUGGAAGGAGUGGAGUUCAAAGCCAUCGCCAGCGGCUCCCACCGAGUCACAACAGACUUCAUCUACUUCCGCAAGGGCUGCUACUUUGGCCUGGCCUGCUUUGCCAACAUGGCGGUGGAGAGCACAGUGGAGAGGGGGGCGAGGAUGAAGUCGGUAGGGAUCCUGUCUCCUUCCUACACCCUGCUCUACCGCUACAUGAGCUUCCUGGAGCACCAGGUCAGGCUGCAGCUUCAGACCCCAGGCCACUACUCUCCCCUGGAGGCCUUCUAUGAGGACAAGAGAGCACUGCUGCCCCCCAGUGUUGAUGGUGUUGUUACUGCAUGUCCAGCCAACGCCUGGGGAGCUGCAAUCAACCACAGCAUGCACCCAGAGAUGAAGAUCACCCACCCUGCAGGCUGCAUGUCCCAGUUCAUCCGCUUCUUUGGGGAGCAGAUCAUGGUGCUGUGGAAGCUGGCUCUCCUCCGCAGACGCAUCCUCAUCUUCUCCCCUCCACCUGUGGGCGUGGUCUGCUACAGAGUGUACUGCUGCUGUUGCCUGGCAAACAUCUCCAUCCCCGGGAUCGGCGUGGCCGUGCCCGAGUUCCGCCCCUUCUUCUAUGUUAACGUGGCCGACAUCAGCGCCCUGGAGAACGAGCUCUCCUACGUGGCGUGUACUACUGAGAAGAUCUUUGAGGAGAAGAAGGAUCUGUACGACGUGUAUGUAGACAAUCAGAAUGUAAAGACCUACAGGGAAGGCCUGAAGCCUCUGCUCCGCCUCAGCACCGCAGACAGGGAGAAAUAUCGCAAACUCACCGAACAGAGGCAAAUGUUGCUGUACUCCCAGGAGGAGAAUGGAGACUGUGUGUCCAGCGAAGAGGAUCUCUUUAUUCUGUUUUUCCUGGAGCAGAACAACAGGAUUUUCCAGACCCUCAGCGAGGUGGCGGGGAGCCCCGAUCCCACGCUGACCCAGGAGAGCGUGAGGGCCAUGGGUCUGGAUCCCCACGGAGACAGGCUCUUCCUGCUCCACCUGCUGGAGAUCUACGGCUACGACACCCUGCUGGUGUCGGAGCAGCUGUGCUGCAGUUGAGAGAUUAUGGACGGCAGGCUUUCCGCCUUUCAUCACUGCUGGGCUUUAAAAAAGGGGAGGGUUGAUUUGCCUCGCGCAAAAACGUCAAGUGCUGCACUACUGGCUUCUUGGGAGUCUUCAGGACUGUUUGGAUUUCCUCUGGUAGAACUUUUUUUGUUGUAUAUCCCCCUUGUGCUUCUUUUGUUCGCCGUGGUUCUGCUCCCUGCAAGAACAACAACAGUCUCCUUUAUUAUAACCAAGAGUAAUGUGGUCUGUUCUACUUGAUACAGCCUCAAGAUGUGAUACUCACCCUUGGCGGACUAAAAGUGAUUCUCUGGAUCAGAUAUUUCAACACUGAGCCGUGUUUGAGAGCCAUGGACGGCAGGUCCAAACCCAAGAUGAAGACCAAAUAAAGUGGCCUGAACUGUACUGGGACAUCAAGUUGAUUGAGAGACUUCCUCCGAGAUAAAGCCAGGGAUUUGGAGAUUUUCAGUGAACCAAACGUGUUCUGAGGAUUGAUGUAUGAAAGUGAAAAAGAGAGGUAGCCGUCCUGUAAAUAAUUCUUUCCCCUCUGUGUAUAGUGUGUCAGCGUAUGUGUGAUAUUGGGGUUCGCCUCUCUGCCAGUGUUGCUUUCCUUGUAUCAAGAGCUGGAUUCAAACAUCUCAUUUUUAAGCCUCUAUGUCCAAAUCAGGGGCCUCCUUUCUUGAAUUAAUGUCACUACUAAGCAGGUCAAACCACCUUUUGUCUUCAUGAGCCAUGUCUGUAAAGCACUACUGUUUUAACUGGCACUUAAAUGACCAGUUUUGCCAUUUAAUGUUAAGACUAAUUAUUUUUUUUUGGCCCUGAGCUAAGACCAAAAUCAGAUUUUCUAAAUGAUGUCCAACAGGCGAGGGGCGACGUCCACGUGGACAUAGAGGCUAAUUUCAAAUGGCUUAUUUGCACCCGUGCUGUCAGCUGGGCCUGCAGCUCAGACAGAGGAAUGCACUGUUACACAAAGACCACUGUUAAAGUCUUUAAUGCUUUUCUCAAAUGUCCAGUUUUGCAGCUCUAGUAUCAAGACAAAGACAGGCCUUCAGGGGGUCGACUUCACAACUUCAGAUGAUUCUCUCAGUUCAGAGACACUGAGUUGGUUUAUUUAACAGCUUCCGUCUGCAGAAUAGAGCAUAGAGAAUCAAGUUAAGACAGUACUAUAACUUUUAAUAAUGUACAUUUUGAAGCACGCCAUAGCAGCGUAUGCUUUCGGCUUCGCCAACAGAGUGGUUGCACUUGUUGAUAUCUUAUGUGCAUUGCUGUUGAUACAUGAGGUAGUGCAUACGUGACAUAAAAUAAACAAGGUUCUUGGUUAUUCGGAGAACCUUAAAGUUGCAUUAAUUAAACUUUGGCCAUGAGACGGCAAAAUAACAACAACAAAAAUGACACAGCUAACACAUCAGUGGCUUGUUAAAGGUGCUCUCUACAAUAUUCAAAGCAUUAAUAAAGCAGCAAAUAACUAUUUGCUAUUUAAAGAUAUAGAGGAGUAAUGUCUACCUGAGCAGAGAACGAAGUCGCUCUCCCUCUGCGUGGGUUGUAAUCCGAACUUCUCCUUGCUUUAUUUACGAAGCCGGGUGUGUGUUUUAAGUGCAUGUUAGUGUGACCCACCGGCUAGCUCAGGACCACCGCUCUGCACUGCUCUCAUACCCGUCCCGACCGAUGCUGAAGACGAGCACCCGCCCUCUGGUUCCCCCCCAGGUUAACAAUGUAAGCUCUGUCAGCACUGUUGCCGUAGUUUCCACCAAAGAACGUAUAUUGCUUAAGAAGUGAAAUUCAAUUGGUCGUUCCAUAGCAACAUCGGCGCCCAGCAGCAAAGCUACACUUCCGCCAUUUUGGACUGAAAGCGAUUACCGGACACCAGUAAAACGUACGCCUAAAAAAGUGCUGUAUAAAAGUAAAACAAA